AGCCCGAGCUGUGUUCCUGCUUCCUCCUCUGCUGAGGAAGCACCACUCUCCUGUGCCCUCCUCAGGAAAGCAAAAUGUCUGACAAAAGUGACUUAAAAGCUGAGCUUGAGCGCAAAAAACAGCGCUUAGCACAGAUAAGAGAAGAGAAGAAACGAAAGGAAGAGGAGAGGAAAAAGAAAGAGGCAGAUAUGCAGCAGAAGAAAGAACCUGUUCAGGAUGACUCCGAUCUGGAUCGCAAACGACGGGAGACAGAGGCUCUGCUGCAGAGCAUUGGUAUAUCACCGGAGCCCCCUCUAGUCCCAACCCCUAUGUCUCCCUCCUCGAAAUCAGUGAGCACUCCCAGUGAAGCUGGAAGCCAAGACUCGGGCGAUCUGGGGCCAUUGACAAGGACCCUGCAGUGGGACACAGACCCCUCAGUGCUCCAGCUGCAGUCAGACUCAGAACUUGGAAGAAGACUGCAUAAGCUGGGCGUGUCCAAGGUCACGCAGGUGGACUUCUUGCCCCGGGAGGUGGUAUCCUACUCCAAAGAGACCCAGACUCCUGUUGCUACACAUCAGUCUGAAGAGGAUGAGGAAGAUGAAGAAAUGGUGGAACCCAAAAUUGGCAACGAUUCAGAACUGGAAAAUCAAGACAAAAAGCAGGAAGUGAAGGAAGCCCCUCCCAGGGAGCUGACAGAGGAAGAAAAACAGCAGAUUCUUCAUUCAGAAGAAUUCCUCAUCUUUUUUGAUCGAACAAUACGGGUGAUUGAAAGAGCACUGGCCGAAGACUCUGACAUCUUUUUUGACUACAGUGGCAGAGAAUUGGAGGAAAAAGAUGGGGAUGUUCAGGCCGGAGCCAAUCUCUCUUUCAACCGCCAGUUCUAUGAUGAGCACUGGUCUAAGCAUCGAGUGGUCACUUGUAUGGACUGGUCCCUCCAGUACCCUGAGCUGAUGGUUGCCUCUUACAACAACAAUGAAGAUGCGCCCCAUGAGCCAGAUGGAGUGGCCCUGGUUUGGAACAUGAAGUUUAAGAAAACCACACCGGAAUAUGUCUUCCACUGUCAGUCCUCUGUGAUGUCUGUCUGCUUUGCCCGUUUUCAUCCUAAUUUGGUAGUUGGUGGGACAUACUCGGGCCAGAUUGUCCUGUGGGACAAUCGCAGUCAUCGAAGGACGCCUGUGCAGAGGACACCCUUGUCAGCUGCUGCACACACACACCCGGUCUACUGUGUCAAUGUUGUCGGGACCCAGAAUGCUCAUAACCUCAUCACUGUCUCCACCGAUGGGAAAAUGUGCUCCUGGAGCCUGGACAUGCUGUCGACUCCACAGGAGAGCAUGGAGCUGGUGUACAAUAAGUCCAAGCCUGUUGCUGUUACCGGAAUGGCCUUCCCCACGGGAGAUGUCAAUAACUUCGUGGUCGGCAGCGAGGAGGGUACAGUCUACACAGCCUGUCGUCAUGGAAGCAAAGCAGGCAUUGGUGAGGUCUUCGAAGGCCACCAAGGGCCAGUGACAGGAAUUAACUGCCACAUGGCAGUGGGUCCCAUUGACUUUUCUCACCUGUUUGUCACCUCGUCAUUUGACUGGACUGUCAAACUGUGGACUACAAAGGUUCCAACGGCAAGUGUGGCCAUCGAAGGGGCCUCCGCCUUAAACCGCGUUCGUUGGGCUCAGGCCGGCAAGGAAGUUGCUGUCGGGGACUCAGAGGGCCGUAUUUGGAUCUACGAUGUGGGAGAGCUUGCAGUUCCCCACAACGAUGAAUGGACACGAUUUGCCAGGACCCUGGUGGAGAUUCGAGCCAACAGAGCUGACAGCGAGGAGGAGGGCGCAGUGGAGUUAUCUGCAUAGAGGAAACACACUCCUCCCCCCCACACACACACACACCACCACAGCCCUGCCUUUGUGUGCUAGAGCUCCACAUCCUGUUUUUGGUGUCCAUUCAGUAUCAGUGUUGCCGUGACUUUUUGGGUGCCACCUUGUGCCAGCUUUCCUUCAAGUAUUCCAAUGUAUCCAUUGAUCUGAAAUUCACCAGAUAGCAUUUCUAUCUAUUUCUGUUUCAAGAAUGAAGGGGGGUGGGUGGGAAACAGCUACAGGUUUAUUUGUUGCCUUUUAACUAUUUAGUAGCUGUAUGUAUUUAGCUGAAAACCUCUGGUUAACUUUGCACUUACGUGCGCUUCUGGCAUAGUCCUAUUAAAUCCAUAUGAAGCCAGAUAUGAUUGGGUGCAGAUGUGGUAUGCCUCAUGAUAUGGUACAGGGCCAAAGACUUGAGAUGUGGUGUUUUCCAUGGCGACUCACAUUAUGAAUGGAUUUACUAGAAGAACAUUGCUGCUCCUUAUUUAUUGUAGUGUGCUGCAUGGAACAUAUUUAUUUGAAAGCAUUAAAAUAAACGAUCCUGGAGCAUGUGCAUAAUGAGAGGACUGUACUCUCUCUGCUGCCGUCGAGGUUACAUUAAGUUCUAAAUAACAAUUAUAGUAUGCCAGUUCCACUGAGAACAUGAAGUCUUUAGAGGUUUGCUGCAGUGAACAGAAUGCCCAUUAUUUCUAGGUACUUUAACAAUAUUUCAAAUAUAGUUGACCAUUGAUACUUGUCAUUCAAGCUAACAUAGUCCAACAAAAGUCUGUGGUUUCUAAAUAUUAUACCAGCAUUGCCAAUAAAAUGUUCCAAACCAGGUCUGUAC